AUGGCCGACAAGAAGAAGGACAAGGUGAAGGCUGCGCCUGAUGGCGAAGCCAAGAAAAUCAUCCUUGACUACAUGAAGACGCAAAAUCGUCCCUUCAACGCGGUGAUGCUGUUCGAGAACCUGCACGGGGUUGUCAAGAAGACCCAAGCCGUCAAGCUGAUGGCUGAUCUGGCUGCUGCUGGCAAAGUCGUAGAGAAGCUCAAGGGCAAGCAAAAGAUCUACUGGGCCACGCAGGAGGGGCUCGUGAUCGCCGAUGCCAAGGGUUUGGCCAAGCUUGACAAAGAGAUUGAAAGUCUGAGGACAGAGAAGAAGUCCAUCGCAGGCGAGCUCGGCGAAAUCGGAAGCCGCAUCUCGUCACUGAACAAUGCUCUCACAAACGAGGAGGCCGAUGCUGAGAUUGAAAAGCUGACCAAAGAGAAUGCCGAGCUGGAGACCAAGCUCACUCGAUUGCGGGGGGGAGCCAAACUGGUUUCGAAAGCAGACAAGGACAAGGCCGAGAAGCAAUAUGAGCACGUGCGGUGCAUGGACGUUGUGAAGCAAGUCGGCGAGGGAGCAGGAAAGAAGGACAAGGAGAUUAUGGAGGAAGUGGAGCUGGAAGGCGAUGACGACGCCGGCGUGGAUCUCACCGCGGAAACAAGGACCGCCAAGAGGAGGAAGAUCGGCGACUGA